UCGAUUUCACGGGCGCUUUGCUUCUAUAUCUCGACCCCUGCGAAAAAGCCUCCUUUAAAGCAGCGCGCGUAAUCGCGCCAUCGAAAGCUCUUCGCGGCGUAUUUUCAAACACUCGCGCAAUAACUCACCUUGUCGGCCUAGUGAUUUUCCGAGAAAAGCUCAUGAUCUCGCCGCAAAUAAACGAAAAGAAAUCCAAGAGUUGCAACAAAGCCUGCCAAUGUGUGGAGGUCGUUUCUUGAAUCGACGAAAGAAAAGCUCUCGUAUUAUGCGCGCGUCGCGCGGAACGAUGCAUUAAUCGUUGCCAGCUGAGAUGAAGAGUCGAGAUUUUCUACUGCCAGUGAGAGAAUUCGAGCUUUUGUAUACCUAAAGGGAUCGGAGGUGUGCGUGGAGAAUAUUGGACCGAUUCCUAAUCGCACGGGCGCUCGCGGCCGACACAGAUGCAUCAUUCUUUGCCGAGCUUUGAGCAAAACUCUGGUCACUCUUCGCUUGCCUCAUUCGCUGCUCCGCGCGUCCCGCGCCACUAUAAAUAUUUCAAUACACCGGCGUGGAACGAAUAUAGUAGGCCAGUCGUUUUGUUAUAGGCUCCCAAUAAUACCUAGAGUUCGCAGACGCAGAGGCCACUCGAGUCAUGAUAAUAAUCCCCGGGUUGGACAUCAGCGGCAGCAAGCAGCCAAUCACGUGACAGACCAAGAGUAUACGCGGACGUCAUCCUCCGAACGACUGCGACCAUCCCGAUGAGAAAGAGAUUCCGCAAAUGGGACUGGGCUUCAUCGAGACGGGCCAGGGAAACGACACACCGGCCACGCGAAUGGCGCUAGCUGCGCUUCUCUAAGUCUCCGGAUAAAAAGCUCACCCAUAGCAUCUGUCUCCCCCCCCCCCUGGAGCAGCUAUGCCGAAGCGAAUGAAGAGUCUCUAUACCCAAGUAGUGUUCGAGCGCAGGACACUGCUGGCCUGCACGAUCCUAGUGGGCCUGUCGAUAUGUGUCUGGGCCGUGUCUAUCGGUACGGACUACUGGCUGACGGCUCGGACACCGGUCGACCGACAAAUCGUCAUAGGCGAGGUCGGCAUGCACAACGGCACCAAGAUAUUCCUCGGAGGACACGUCGGACUGUUCAGGUGCUGCACCUACGGCUACGUGCAGGACCUCCUCAACGUCUCCGAGAAGAUGCCUUAUAACGAGUGCACCCAGAACGAAAUGUUUCCGAAUGAAAUGAAGCCAAAGAGGGAACGACGACCGGACGCCGACAGCACGCUUAUCAACUACUCGAGGACCGACGUUUCGUUCGCCAUUAUCAGUAUGUUCGUUAUGAUAAUGGGCUUUGGAUUCUCGAUUUACACAUUUCGAAAUCCCCGAUACAUGUUCAAGAGAUUAGCCGGAGGCAUCCACUUCAUUACCUGCGCGUGCACGAUGGUGGUGAUCCAGGUGCUGCUGUCCUCGCGGGACUACGGCAGCAAACGCGACAACUGGAUCUUCCCUCGUCACUCGGAGCUUCGCUACGGCUACUCCCUGUUCCUCGCCUGGUUCGUUUUCCUCUGCAACUUGAUGUCCGGCUGCGCCUUCAUGAUUUUCUCAAGGAAGCGCAAACGCGACAGGGCACCCAACGACGAGCUCGCCAUGGCCGACGAGCCGACGAUAAUCGGCCGCUGAGAACGUUUUCAGCCGCGGAGAACAAUGAUAUAUGCAACACUAUAAUAUGGAAUAUUUGGAUGUGCGCCAGGCUGGAUAAUCGUUAACGAAUCGAUAGCGCGCAGUCAAGCGACGUUUUUAUCCUGCAGUAUGCAAAUGUUAUGGUGCGCUGCUGCUGCUGCUACUACGAGGAGAAAGACGAGUGUUGCAAAAGGGAUAACGAGAGCUGAGUGAAGCGGAAAGAAUUGACGGUCGUAUAGAGAAUGAAACGACGUUGGGGCUUUCUUUUUUUCGAUUGGAGGGAAGUUUAUCGCGGCGAGAGGUAAUAUAACGUUGUACCGACCGGACUGUGUUGUUUAUAUUCUUUCGUUACACGCCUUAUUUUUUUUUCCGUUCGUUAUUGUUGAUGAUUGAAGACGAAUUCAAAGCGGACAAGGAGUCAUUUUUGUCGUACGUACACGUUGUCGCGUGGAUUUGUUAUGCGCGCAAAUGUAUUUUUCCUCAUAUGCUUAACGCGUUUAAGAUUUAUUUUUAAGCUUUGUUCAUUGUUGAAUUUUUGAUCGAAAUAAUAAUAUAUGUUUUAUCGCGCCGUUAUGCGACUUUUGAAAUAUUAAUAUUUGAAAUGAGUACUUUAGUCGUUUAUCUCAGAACAAUAAUUAAUAAGCGUAGCUCUAUCUCUAUACUGUGUAAUAUUACGCGCUGCGGAAAACAAGCGUUUUGUCGGAAGACUUAA